AUGCGUGACGCUGUAACAUUGGUGCGAAGCCGUGAAGACGUGGCGGAACUUCUUCAGCUUAAGGAUCUAAUCGAUCUUGUAAUUCCCCGCGGUUCGUCUGAUUUGGUGCGAUCGAUGCAGGAGAACAGCAAAGGAAUUCCGGUGCUUGGACACGCCGAAGGAAUUUGUCACGUCUACCUUGACAAAGAGCUAGAUGAACAGAUGGCCAUCGAUAUCGUGCGCGAUUCAAAAUGCGACUAUCCAUCAGCUUGCAAUUCAGCCGAAACUAUUCUCAUUCAUAAGGAUCUCGUCAGCACGGCAUUCUUCGAUCAACUAUGUGGAAUGUUCAAAGCGGAAGGAGUCAAGUUGCAUGCCGGACCAAAACUACAAUCUAUGUUGAAGUUUGGUCCCCCACCUGCCGAAAGUCUCAAGUUUGAAUAUGGCUGUUUGGAGUGCACUCUCGAAGUGAGAUGA